AGCGAUAAACCGGAAACACUACAUGGACACUCAUGAAAUUUGUUAUGAUCGUUAUGUACUAUUUCAUUGCUCGACGAUUUAACAUUGACGAAAUACAAUGUAACAGAAUAAAUUUAUUUAUUUUUCGACGCGAAAACCAACGUGUGAUAUGUUUUUGACGCAACUUGUAGUAUAUUACGUAUUUUUUAAUAUCAUCCAGUGUCAAAAUUGGCGGGAGAGGAGGCCUACAGCUAGGGUGCAACAAGGGGUUUUGGAAGGGAGCAAAAUCAUCACUGAUGCUGGCAAAAUCGUCAACGCUUUCAUUGGAAUCCCAUUCGCGUCUCCUCCAGUGGGAGAUUUAAGAUUUACGCCACCCCAGAAACACCCAGAUUGGAAUGAAACGCGACAGGCUACCACCUUUGGGCCUCAUUGCCCCCAACUACCACUAAAACCAGGCGUCAAUGAUCAAGAGGAUUGUCUAUACUUGAACAUUUGGGCCCCUGAAAAUGCGGGUUUGUACGCCCCGCUGCCGGUCGUGGUAUUCUUCGAAGGCAAAAAUUUUUACCAAAGUAGUGAAGUUCCCAUCAGUGGACAGGACUUCGCUGCCGAAGGUUUGGUAGUAGUGACCAUGAACUACCGUCUCAACGUUUUUGGUUUCUUCUGUUUGGGUAUUUCCGAAGCCAGGGGCAAUUUGGGAAUGCUGGACCAGUACUUCGGUUUGUUAUGGAUUCGAGAAAACAUCAACAAGUUUGGUGGAGACCCCGAAAAAAUCACCCUGUAUGGUCACCAGUCGGGGGCUGCUAGUGUCACUCUUCACAUGGUCUCGCCAAGAACUGCCGGGUUCUUCCAAAGGGUGAUUAUCUCGUCUGGAAGCGCUGUGGCGUUUUGGCAACACCAAAACGACCCGAUUGUGGCCUCUAAACAGAUAGUAAGAAUGUUGGGUUGUGAUGCUUACACGGUUAACCCUGUUAAAUGUCUUCGGUCGAAGAAAGUGGAACAUAUUUUGCAAGCACUUGGAGAGUAUUCAGAGUCUUUCACUUGGAAUGAUAAAUUUUUGCCGGUUGUGGAUACUUUCUUACCCGAGACUAACCGCUACUUGCCUUUGGACCCCACUAACGCACUCAAAGAUGGCACGUACUUGCAAGUACCAAUUCUGACCGGAAUUUCGAAACCCAUAGCCGACGAACAAUUCAUGCAAUGGUUGGAGUUAGCUAGUCAAGGUUACCCUCAGUUGUUACAAUAUGUAGAAAAAGCCAAAAUUCCAGAAAUCGUUCGUUUGUACAAACUAAAUACAUCAAACAAAGACCAAAUUUAUGAUCUGAUUAAAUGGAAAUACUUCUCGGCGAAUCAAGGAGACGUUAGAAUUUUGUACGACGAGUUAAAAGAUCUUGAGUUCCAGUCUAAAAUUGAAGCUCCACAUUUUUUGCAACUGUCGUACCUUAUUUCGUCAUAUGUGCAACCAAUUUAUGUUUACUAUAUGGACGACAUUGGGUUUGUUCUUAACACCACGGAUUCUACCAUCACUACCGACUUAUUAUUGUUGUUUGGACCCAUUUUGCUUAAACAAGCACCCAGGAGACGGUUUAACACAAACGAGAGAAAUUUAAGCCGACAGAUUAAGCAAUUGUGGACUAAUUUUGUCAUUUUUGGCAACCCUACUCCCAACAAUCAAGCGAAAUCGUGGAGAAAAUAUACAGCUGGGGACUUUUAUAUCGAGAAUUUUGGACCCGUGGUUUCUUACAUCAACGAAGAGAAUAAGAAAAGGGUUCAAAGAGUGACGUUUUGGAAUCAGCUUAUACCAAAAUUUGCAAAUGUUAAAAAUAGUUUGUCGAAUAACAUUCCAAAGGAGCUACAAACUAGUCCAGAUCCAGCAGCGGGAUUUAGACACGCUAUGUACACAUUGGUAGCACUUGUUAUUGCGUUGUUAGCGUUACUUUUAAUUUGUAUUGUUUUACUAAAGAAGAGGUCUAAAGAACGCGAAAGUCACUUGCACAUGGGAUAUUGAGAACAAUUUUCUAGAGAUUAUAAUAGUCCACAUAGACUGGUUCGUACCUGUUAUGUUCUGUGGGGGAAAAAUCACAAAUCAUCAGAUUAGAAGAAGAUGAGUGUUUCCACUUCAUAAAAUUGAUUGGUGAUGUAAUUAUGACACAAUUUAAACUUAGAUUAAUCAUUAUUUGUCUAUUUCCAUGAAACAAUAACUGUGAAACGAAAAGUAAAACAAAACCUAUAUUUUUAAAAGGGUUUUGUUUCAAAAAUGUAGUCGAGACUUACACACAUUUCAAAUUUUUACUUUUAGCGUGCAACAGAUAUGAAAGAGUGACAACAGUUUAUUUUUGGAUGUUAUUCUCUCAUACGCCCUGUAUAAAAAUACGUAUCCUAAAAUAGUUAUUGCUUCCGACCUUGACUGUACAUACUCUCUGCUUUGUCAUUGGAUAAACGACUCCCAUGUUUGUACAAUAAAGUAUACUUUCCACCAAUAAUACUACACAUAGGCAAACGGAGGCACCUUAUUUGUCAGAAUAAAACAACUGAAUUUAAAAACAGUUUUUAAAUAGUUGUAUUAAAAAUAAUAAAAUUGUACCACAAAUAAAAAGUAAUGAGAUAUUUA